CCCACCAUCCACCCAUCCAUCCAUCCAUCCAUCCAUCCGUCCGCUCACCCACUCACCUCCGCCCGCCCUCCAUGGGCCGGCGCGGCCGGCGCUGAGCGCCGGGAGGCAGCGCCCGGCGGCGCCCGGCUGCCGCGAUGAGCGGCGGGGAGGUGGUGUGUUCGGGCUGGCUCCGAAAGUCACCGCCGGAGAAGAAGUUACGGAGAUACGCAUGGAAGAAACGGUGGUUUGUCCUGCGCAGUGGUCGGAUGAGUGGCGACCCCGAUGUCCUGGAGUACUACAAAAAUGACCACUCCAAGAAACCUUUGCGUGUCAUCAACCUCAAUUUCUGCGAGCAAGUGGAUGCGGGCCUCACCUUCAACAAGAAGGAGCUGCAAGACAGCUACAUCUUCGACAUCAAGACGAGCGACAGGACCUUCUACCUGGUGGCUGAGACUGAGGACGACAUGAACAAAUGGGUCCGCAGCAUCUGCCAGAUCUGUGGCUUCAACCAGUCCGAGGAGAACACAGACACCCUGAGGAGCAUUGCCUCCAUGAACCAUGCCCCGCGCUCCUCCCCAGCAGAGCUCAGCAGUGCCAGCCACCACCUGCUGCGAGAGCGCAAGUCCUCAGCGCCAUCCCACUCCAGCCAGCCCACCCUGUUCACCUUCGACUCACCUGCCAGCCACCUCCAGAGCACCCUGUCUGCCAGUGCCCCCCAGGACUACCUUUUCCUGCACCAGUGUAUGAGCAGAAAGUCAGAAAAUGCAAGGAGUGCCAGCUUUUCCCAAGCCACAAGGUCUGCCUUCUUCAUGCGGAGCGACACGGCGGUCCAGAAGCUCUCCCAGGGCAACGGGCACUGCAUGAACGGCAUUGGUGGGCAGCUCCAUGGCUUUUACAGCCUGCCAAAACCCAGCCGGCACAACUCGGAGUUCAGGGACAGUGCCUACGACCUCCCGCGCUCCUUUGGCUCCUACACCCACCCCAAGUCGAGCCUCACCAGCUCCGAAACUGAUAAUGAGGAGGUCUACACCUACAAGACUCCCAACAACACCCUAUGCAGGGAGUUUGGGGAGCUCUCCACGGACUCCUAUGACAUCCCUGCCACCCCACUCUCCAUCUACCAGAUCCCCAGGACAUUUACACUGGACAAGAACCACAACGCUCUGGCUGUGGCCGCCAGCGACUCACCUGCUGCACCACCCCCACGGCCCCCGAAACCCGGGCAGACAGAACCACGGUGGGGCAGUCCGCCCCAGCGGCCCCAGCCUGGUGAAAAUUUAGGUCUUACCCCCAUGGCAGCCACCAUUCCCCGGAGAAACACGCUGCCAGCAGUGGAGAACAGCAGACUGCACCGAGGUGAUUUUGGAGCUUCUUCUUGUGAGACGUACGAGUACCCCCAGCACGGGGGCGGCAGCGCUGUGCAGUCGGUCGAGUCCAUGAACGAUGGCUACAACUCCUACCUGCAGGCCAAGGCAGCGGUGGCCCGCUCCCACAGCACCGACUCUGAGGACAACUACGUCCCCAUGAACCCUGGUUCCUCACCCCUAAUCCACGCCGAGAAAGCCAAUGACAAUGCCCAAAGUCUCUACAUCCCCAUGAGCCCUGGGCCGCACCACUUUGACCUGGUGGGGUUGUCCUCAGCCACCCUUCCAUUGCAUAAAGGAGGAGCCGUGGCUCAAUGCCACCGACGGCUGAGUGAAAUCCAGCCCCCACCAGUCAACCGCAACCUCAAACCCGACCGGAAAGCAAAGCCAUCACCGCUGGACCUGAGGAACAACACUGUCAUUGAUGAGCUUCCCUUCAAAUCACCAGUCACAAAAUCCUGGUCCAGGCCAACGCACACGUUCAACACCGGCUCUCUGCAGUACUGUCGCCCUGUCUCCUCCCAGAGCAUCACCAGCACUGACUCGGGAGAGAGCGAGGAGAACUACGUGGCGAUGCAAAACCCCAUUUCUGCUUCUCCUGUUCCUAGUGGUACCAACAGCCCAGCGCCUAAAAAGAGUUCGGGGAGUGUGGAUUACCUGGCCCUGGAUUUCCAGCCAAGCUCACCAGGGCCACAUAGGAAGCCCUCCACCUCAUCGGUCGCCUCAGAUGAGAAGGUUGAUUACGUGCAAGUGGACAAGGAGAAGACGCAGGCGCUGCAGAGCACCAUGCAGGAGUGGACUGAUGUGCGGCAGUCCUCAGAGCCUGCCAAGGGCAUGAAGCAGUAAUGCCUGCUGCAGGCAGUGAAACAGGCAAAUGUCCUGUUGGUUUUCCCCAACUGUGGCUCUGCUGGGCUGCCAGACCGAUUUGGGCUGGAUUUCUAAGACUUGUCUGUGAAGAGGAGGUGUCAUUGGUUUUUUUUCUCUUAAAACAAAACUUACUUUCAGGGGAAGACUUGGCAGAUACUGUUUGCCAGUGAUAAAGACCAACUAUGUUUGGUGGCUAGGUUUGUGCUUUAGCUGCUGGAUGCACUGUCCAGGAACUUUGACUUAGCAAUACCAGGUUUCACCCUACACAUUUUUUCCUUACAGCUAUUAAAGCCACCUUGUAUGUGCUAACACUGCAUCAUCUCUCCCCAUCUUCUUCCAUAUCGUACCCUAAACCAUGCCACGCAGGUUUGCAGCAUCUUCCAUAAGUAAUCACUGCCCAGCUCUGAUUCUUCACUCCUUACGGUUGUCCUCUUCUCUGCCUCCUCCCAGUCCCAAAACUGAGCAAGGACCAUUGCUUUUGAAAUCACUUCUGUUGUCCUGUCUCUUGUAAAUAAUAUGUUCAAAACCUCUGAGGGCUGUUCUGCUCCUGGCUGGACAGCUGCCAAGGUUUUCAUUGGGGUUGUUAACCUGCAGGAGCUUAACACACCAUCCCAUUGAGCUGACUUAGGAGCCCAGGACUUGGCCCAUCAUACACACACAUACAUACCAGCACAUGCUGUCAUGAGUUUGUUGGGGUGUCUUCUGUUUAUAUUCUCCAUUAACUCUGAAAGUGAAUGGGCUGGAGAGAUUGGUUUUGGAAGGGGCUGGAGGGAUUGGCUUUGGAAGGUAGAAUUUAAGCACUGACCCACUGCCUGUCUAAAACCAAUUCCUGUGAAUCUGACCCUAAAAACCAAAGUCUGCCUUUUGUGGCACCAAAAGAAGCCCAUAGAGUGAGAGUCCUAAAUCGUGGCCAUUGUAAGAAGCUCUGUGGUUGAGUAUGAGGGGGCAGGGAGGCUCUGGAGACCCUGUGUAUGUGGACUGGCAUAAGGAUGAGUGACCAGAAGGGAGUGGAAGGCUGCUAUGAGGAUUGGGAGAAGGCAGGUACUGUACUGCAGAGGUUGGUUCUGGGUGAGGAGGUCUGGUGGAAUGUUUCUUGGAAGAAAGAAGAAGAGCAAUUGAAAUGUUGGUUGAUGGUGAGGUCAUAGGCUUGGGAAGAGGCUGGUCAGGAGAGUCAGGGCAGGGCAUUUCAGUAUGAGCUUUAGCAUAGCAUUGUGGUUGGUUUGUGGAGAGUGCAAAAGGCUGAACUGUUUUCCCCUCAUCUUCAGCAGUGUUUCUUCAACACAAAACUGGGGCUUGCUGACAUUAAUGACCCUAGGCUCUAAUUAUGGGGGGAGUCUGCUGUUGUCCCUUGCCAGCAUCCUUAACACAUCCAGGCUUUGGGAUCGCUUGCCAGGCAGCUGCUGAGCACAGAGAGAAGAGAAGGAUGAGACAGUUUAAUGCAGAGAUAAUAAUUCAUGAUCUCAUGAAAACAGGAAGAACUAAUGAUUGCCAUGGAGCAGCCUGAUUGCCAGACAGCAAGCGCUGACACGAAUAAACAGGCUGACUGCAAACCAAGAGCCAAAUGAAGGAGACAUUAGAAAGAUUAGGUAAUAAUAUUUAUUAAAGAGCUGGAGCUAUUCUUUCUGCAAGCUGAACCCCUCCCAGUGCCGUGGACUCUGUAUUCCACCAACACCACCAAGUUAUAUAGAUUAUUAAUGCUUAAGCAUUAACACAUUUGCUUAAUCUUGGUCUGAGCUUGGAAGGGGCCAGACAUGACCCACAUGGGGAUAGGAUACCAAUCCCUUAAGAGCUGUGUGCUGCUGUGUGCUGGUAAAAUAAGUCUUGAACUUUCAACACCAUUUUGUAUUUUCUUUUCGCAUGCCAUGAAAGGGAAAGAUGUUAAUAGAAAAGUUCUGACAACCCUGUUGAGACAUUGAAGUGUUGGACUUUUAUAGAAACAAUUAAGCAAAUACCCUAAUGUUUAUGCUAAAAAUAAUAAUUACUAGAAGGGAAAAAAAACCCCAAAGCCCCAAAGGGGAAGUCUUAGCACAGUCAGAUGCUUUCUGAGGUCAGGGAGUGUGUUACAGCCUGCAAGGGCCAUUGCCUCCUGCUGGAGGCUUGCACACUUGCAUGGUGAGAUGACAAAAAGAAGACUAGAAUGUAGUACUUCAUAUUUCUAUUGCCCCUUUCAUCUCUGCAUCUCAGGGGAGACUAAACAUUGGGUCUGGUCCAGAGCCCACUGAAGUGUGCAUUCAUCCAUCUGGGAGAGCUCCCCAUCCCACCAAAAAGAAUGUCACUCCACUGGGAAGCUGAUUUUUUCCUAUUUCUUCUUCUAAGCUGUUAGCUUUAGUGGUUCAAGAGAGAACACAGUGGGUUUGAAUGCAGUUUGCUGAGUGGGUGCCUUGUGCUUAUGCACUGGGACUAGGUGCAUCCAGUGCCCACCCCCACGUUUAAUCCAAGGCGUUAAUUAAAACUGGAAAAGCCUUUUGUGGUGCUGGAGAAACUGGUCCUUUUUCUCCACAUUUCACAAAUGUCUUCAUUCAUGGAACAACCAUUGGCAUGGGAUAGCUCUUUUCCCAGGCUCAGACACUGUUUUGAUAAUUUGCUCUCAUGAGCAUCCCUAGUAACUGGUCCAUUGCAUUUGGCAGACAAAGGACCAAAACAGCCCAAAAGCAGCUACUUAACAACUGCUGGUUGCUGGUCCCUCUCUGCUUUGCAGUGAAGUCAGUGUUUUCACUGAAACAGAUACAUUCCUCUACCUUUUCCCCUGCAAAGCACCAAGCAAACAGCACCACCAAACUAAGCAGAAGCCCGCAGACUCUGUGCCAUAUAGACAUGACUGUAUCAACCCCUCCUGAAAGCAUUAAGUAAUCAAUGGCUUCAGUGGAAAUAGUCACCCAUGACGAUUGCCAAGCUGAUUACAGCAGUCCCUGGUGAUUAAUGUUUGUGCAGUAUUUAGUCUUAAACCAUAUUGAAAAGCAGCUGCUUUAAUUACACUGACUGCCAAGAACUUUGUCCUGAAGGCAUUGAGUUUAUCACAUCCACUUUAUACUUGGAUUCUCAAGUAUGACAGGCUCCUUUGUUAGAAAAAGGUGUUUAAGGAAACUGAGAACAUUGCAAAUUAUUCAUUUUAAUUUAAAUUAAACUGGCUUAAAUCUGU